GUGGUUUCUGGAAAUCAGCACUCACUAUGAGAAACAUGCCGAUGGCCAACACAGGAAUACUGUACAUCUAAGCAACUGUUUGGUUUAUUUUUUGCUGGAGUUAAAUUGACUGGUUCUUACUUGAAAUUAAAAAAGACAAUGUUCCACUACUUAAUGUGUUUCUAAACUUACAAAAGCAGUCAUGAAGUAUGCUUGAAAAAUGUUUGGAUUCUUCUUAAUAUUUUUACAGUUAAGGUGCAGAUUUAAACUCUGCUUCUUAUAAUUAGAUCUGGUCUGUUUUCAUGAGAUUGUGCACACUGCUGAAAACAUGUUACCUGCAAAACUCCUGGCUAUUUUGCUUUUUGUCUGCAAAGAUAUAAAAGCAUUUUCCUUGAAGAACUGCAUUGUCCAUAAUAUGAAUGACCAUGCAAUGUCCAUGAAGGUUCUGUGCUACAAAAUGAACUUAAAGCAAGUUCCAAAAGAGAUCCCUGAGCAAGUAAACAAUCUGGACCUUUCUGAAAAUCAAAUAAGAAACCUAUGGAUAGCUGACUUCAAAUGUAUGAGUUGUCUACAGGUACUGAAUGUUUCACAGAACUGCAUAAAUUUUAUUGAGCAAGGUACCUUUACAAUACUGGGAAGUUUACGUGUUCUCAAUCUUUCAAACAACAAUCUUACUGUAUUAUUCAGCAACAUGUUUUAUGGGUUAACGAAUCUCACAGUUCUGCAUCUCGGAUGUAAUAACAUUAAGUGGAUUGAAUCUGCUGCCUUUGCGAAUCUGACGUCUUUAAACACAAUUAAUCUGACUCUGAACAAACUGCUCUCCAUGAGUUCUUUGAAGCCUGUGUUUAGAGUUGAGGCCUUGAAAGAGCUACACAUUGCAGGCAACAACUUAAAAAUAUUCUCAACAGAGGAUAUAAUCCAGAUGUCUGCAGUGCUGGAAGGUCUAGACAUAUCAAGGAAUCCUUUUUCUGUCAUCAAUAUCACAAAUGAUGUCUUUGAUGACCUUGUAUCGCUGGAUGUUUCUUUUUCUGGAGUAAAUGAGUACAUUUCAUGGAACAUCAAUAAUGCAUCAUUUCUGCGGGGAAUUAAACAUUUGUCUUUAGGAGGAAUGUCUGUUACAUCAUCAACUAUACUAACAAUUGUAAAGAGUUUGAUCAAAACAUCCCUGGAAAGUAUUCAGCUAAACAGUUUGAACCUGUCAUCUGUAGACAAUGUGACCGCAGAAAUCUGCUUAAGGCAAACAUUACUGAAGGUCCUUAAUCUGCAGUCUAAUAAAUACCACACAAUAAAGGAAGGAGUUUUUAACAACUGUUUGAAUUUGAAUCAUUUGGAUUUAGAAGACAAUGGGUUAUAUGAGGUAGAUGAAGAUGCCUUCAAAGGACUGACUAAUCUUAGUUAUCUUUCACUGGCACAAAAUCUUCUGCCUACUGUCCCAAAUGCAACCAGGCAACUGAGUUUUCUAGAAAGUCUAGACCUCAGUUUCAAUUGUAUCAGUGAAAUUAAAGCCCAAGAUUUUGAACAUUUAGGCAAACUGAAAUAUCUAAAUUUGACUGGUAACAAAAUCAUUAAAAUUUCAUCUUCUCUGUUUAAGGGUCUGUACAGUUUAAUUGGAAUGAAUCUAGAAAAUAACUUGCUACUAGAUAUUUCUGAAUUGUCAAACAGCUUAUAUAAAGUUGAGUUUCUAAUGCUUUGUAGAAACAAGUUGAGUCUUAUUCAGAAAAAUACCUUCAUAAAUUUGGUAUCAUUAAAGAUUCUCAACCUGCAUGACAACCAAAUUUCAGAUAUUGAGGAAGGAGCUUUUGAAGGUCUCAAGAAUUUAAAAAUAUUGUUCCUUGGCAGUAACAAAAUGAAAAGGAAUGCUCUUGAAAAAGAUAUCUUCAAGGGAAUGACAUCCUUAAGACAGCUUCAAAUUUUUGACAAUCAUCUUGCCUAUGAAUCCAGUGUACCACUUAAAACACCUCCCUUUAGGCAUCUGAAAUCAUUAGCAUUUCUUUCUAUUAAUAGUCAACAUAAUGGAAUGCAACAUAUUCCCAUAAACUUUUUGGAAGGCUUGGAUUCACUGAAAGAAAUUCAUGCUGGGAAUCUUGCUAUUAAAUAUUUGGACCCAAAGACUUUUAGCUACACACCAAAUCUUACAUUUUUAGAUGUAAGCAACAAUGCACUAAAAGUUGUAAGUAAAGACAUGUUUCUAUACCUACCAGAUCUAAUAGAACUUCAUUUUAACAAAAUAGGAAUUGAUUCACUUGACUUCUUUAGAAAUACAUCAACUCUUUCCAACUUAAAGCAUCUUCGAGUAGCUGGAAAUCAGCUAAAUGUCAUACAUGAGGAUCAAGUGAUUGCACUACCAUCAAUCAAGUUUUUGGAUAUGAGAGAAAAUCCAUUCUCCUGUAGCUGUGACAACUCAUGGUUUCUCAAAUGGUCACUUUUAGACAACAAAACUCAGGUCAUAUAUUUUUAUGACUACACAUGUGCAUAUCCUCCUAACUUUAAAGGAACAAAGCUACCUAAUUUUAACGCAUCUUCAUGCAUAUUUGAAUUUGAUUUUUAUUUAUUUCUGUCAUCUUCAUCAUCUGUUGCUAUUGUUAUCAUUGUCAGUAGCAUUUAUCACUUUUGGAGGUGGCAUGUUUUCUAUGCUUACUAUCUGUUUCUGGCCAGUGUGUAUGACAAAAGGCAGCUUAAGAAGCCCUACAUGUACAAAUGUAAAUAUGAUGCUUUUAUAUCUUACAAUAGGCAUGAUGAAGACUGGGUAAUAAACAAACUUCUUCCAAACCUUGAGGAAUAUUACCACUGGAAACUUUGUCUUCAUCACAGAGAUUUUGAGCCAGGGAAGGCCAUACUAGACAAUAUUGUAGAUAAUAUCUAUGCAAGUAGGAAAACUAUAUGUGUCAUUAGCCACCAUUACUUAGAAAGUGAAUGGUGCUCCAAAGAAAUACAGGUAGCCAGUUUUCGGAUUUUUGAUGACUAUAAAGAUGUACUUAUUUUAAUUUUCCUUGAAGACUUGCCAGUCAGGAUUCUAUCACCAUACCACAGAAUGAGAAAGCUGCUGAAAAAGAAGACAUACUUGACUUGGCCAAAGCAUGUUGAGGAAAAUAAUCUGUUCUGGCAUCGCCUAAAUAUGGCUCUGCAGACAAGAGAGCAGAAGGAGGAUGACAAUCCUGUUAUCCCUCAUCUUCUAAUUAAUGAAACCAAUUAAAAACACAUAAAAUGUAUAAUGUUUUAUAUUUCUGUAUAAUAGUAGAUUCAUGGAUAUGUAACACAUAUUAAUA